AUGUUUAAUACGGGCCCAAGCCACAGAUCCAACGCCAUCCCACCCUCCGACGCUGCCUCUGCCUCAUCCCGCCACCUUGAGCUCACCCGUAACGCAAUCAUCGCCAACCACGUCGUUGGUACGAAGAUUGCGCACGCAAUAAAAGAGAUGGAGCAACGACAGGCUGCGACGGAGACCGCUAUUUCCGCCCCUGGAAAGGUUCUGCUUGCGGGAGGCUACCUGGUCCUGGACAGAGACUAUACCGGCACUGUUUGUGCCCUGGAUGCGAGGAUCCAUGUGGUGGUGCAGCAACAGAAUAUCGAAAGACGGUCGCCGGGUACGGAUACGCAAACGGAUGCUCAUAAGCAGCUGAAAGACGGGCAGGUGGCUGCAGAAGCAUCGGAAACAGCUGAAAAGCCUCCGGCCAACGGCGGGGCGCAGGAGGAAGCUGUGCAGGAUACCGUCAUCGUCAGGUCACCGCAGUUUGUCGAUGCUGUAUGGAAGUACAAGAUAGAGCGAUCAGAUAAUGGAGGCGGCGUCAGGGCCGUGCAAUCGGACGAUGGGCCCCGGAAUCCGUUUGUAGAGACGUCCCUCAACUAUGCGCUGACAUACGUGAGCUAUGUCUCUGCCUCUCAGAACAUAGGGUCGCUUGCCGUGACCAUACUUGCAGACGAUGAUUACUAUUCCGAAACGACUGCCAGUGGUACGUCCCAUGGCAGUUCUGCAGGAUUUAAGAAAUUUGGAGUUCGGCUGCAGGAUGCGCAUAAGACAGGGCUGGGUUCAUCUGCCGCAUUGGUAACCGCUUUGGUGUCCGCGCUCGUCGUUCAUCGAACCGUACAGCCUGAGAAGCUCACCCAGAACAAACAGAAGCUCCAUAACCUUGCACAGGCCGCACACUGCGCUGCCCAGGGGAAGAUUGGCUCUGGUUUCGAUGUUGCUGCCGCCGUCUAUGGAUCGUGCUUCUACAGACGCUUCUCUCCGUCCGUGCUUGCUGACCUGGGCGAACCGGGCUCUCCCAAGUUUGAAGAUCGCCUGUUUGCCGUCGUUGAAGAUCUCAACACCACAACCCCAUGGGAUGUCGAAUACCACGAUGUCGGGUUCGAGCUUCCCGGAGGUAUGCAGAUGGUCCUCUGCGACGUUGACUGUGGCUCCCAGACUCCCGGUAUGGUUAAGAAGCUGCUUCGCUGGCGGGAUGAGAACCGGGAGGACGCAGAUACUAUAUGGGCCAAUCUACAACUAAACAAUGAGAAGAUACGCCUUGAAUUGAAGAAACUCUCACACAAUCCAAGAACGGGUAACUUCAACGAAGUUCGUAAUCUUCUCCUUAAAUCGAGGAUGUGGAUCAAAACAAUGACCAAGAAGAGCGGAGUGCCCGUCGAACCUGCCGUGCAGACUGAGCUAUUAGAUGCCCUGGGUAAACUUGACGGUGUCAUCGGAGGCGUUGUUCCUGGUGCGGGGGGCUAUGAUGCUGUUGCCUUGCUCAUCGAGGACGACCAGGAUGUCAUCGAUUCUAUCCGUACCUACCUGCAAGAUUGGCAUAGUACCGUCAAGGACGACUUUGGCGGCAAGAUCGACAGAGUCCGUCUACUCAAUGUUGGCUAUGGCUCUGAAGGCAUCCUCAAUGAGCUGCCAGUCCGAUAUAGCGAAUGGAUAUAG